AUGACUUCACAGCUUGGCAAACUUGGCAUAACAAAAAUUAUUGAAGGCACUCUCGGAGCUAGAGGAUUUAAAAUUAAGUAUAAAUCUCAACAAUGUUUGAUUUCUCCAUGGCAUAAUAUCCCACUAAGAGCCUCUGAAAAGUUAAAUCUAUAUCAUUAUUUGAAUGAAAUUCCUCUCGGAACACUUAAAAAGAUGGAAGUAAACACCAAAGAAGAGCACAACCCAAUCAUACAAGACGAAAAGAAGGGAAAACUUAGAGAAUUUACAUACCGAGUAGACAAAGGAGGAAUACCUUUCAAUUAUGGAAUGCUUCCUCAAACUUGGGAAGAUCCACACAAGAUAAUCCAUGUGCCAUUCGGUGGUGUUAAAGACGGAAUUUAUCAGCCAACAAUUGCAGUCAAAGGUGAUGGGGACCCCAUAGAUAUUGUAGAAGUGAGUGACUAUGCACUAGAAAUGGGAGAGGUCUAUACAGUGAAAAUAUUUGGAAUUUUAGGAAUGAUUGAUGAAGGAGAAAUGGAUUGGAAAGUGUUAGCAAAAGUUGUUACACCAGAAGAAGAACAGGCUUCACAUUUCUCCCAAGACAUUUACGACAUUCCAAAGGGAAAGCUCCGUGACAUUAUUGACUGGUUCAGGAUGUACAAAACUACGGAUGGGAAACCUGAAAACCAUUUUGCAUUCCAGGAUUCUUUUUUGGACCGUUCAUACGCCACACACAUCAUUGAACAAACACACAAGCAUUGGUCGGAAAGAUUGCCUUCUGAUGUAAAAGCUCAAUAA